GUAGAUCUGGGACUGUUAAACUUUCUGUUUUCAGUCUGAUUAGUUUGGCUUUUAUUUCUCUAAUCACUCUAAGUGUUGCAGGUAGUGAUUUUCUUUUUUUUUUUUUUUUUAAUACCAGGAAGGUCUUUCCUCAGGGGACAGCUGCUUCUACAGUUACUCUGUUGGGAUCACAGCUUCCCAAAUUUAGGGGUACUUAGUAAUACCUAGUGUAAAUGCAAAUGAUGUUCUGUAUUGCAGUGAUUAGCACGGAGUUAGAAAAGUCCUUUGACAGAUUCUUCGCUCAUCUUGGAAAUGGCUUUAUCACGCAAAGAGUUAACUAAUGUUUUUUUCUUUUUCUAGCUGGAAAUCUUGUGUUCAGUCAAUAUUCUACAGUUCAUAUUUAUUGCACUCAGACUAGAUGAGAUCAUCAGAUGGCCAUGGCUUGUUGUUUGUGUUCCACUGUGGAUCUUGAUGUCCUUUCUGUGUCUAGUAGUGCUCUAUUACAUUGUAUGGUCUGUUCUCUUCUUGCGCUCUAUGGAUGUGAUUGCUGAGCAGAGGAGGACACACAUAACAAUGGCUGUCAGCUGGAUGACAAUUGUAGUUCCACUGCUCACAUUUGAGAUCUUACUAGUACACAGACUGGAUGGGCAUAAUUCUUUUUCUUUUAUACCCAUAUUUGUUCCUCUCUGGCUUUCACUGAUAACUUUAAUGGCAACAACAUUCGGACAAAAAGGAGGAAAUCACUGGUGGUUUGGAAUUCGCAAAGACUUUUGCCAGUUUCUGCUUGAAAUUUUCCCAUUCUUACGAGAAUAUGGCAAUAUUUCUUAUGAUCUUCAUCAUGAAGAUAAUGAGGAAACAGAAGAAACACCACUGCCUGAACCACCAAAAAUUGCACCAAUGUUUCGAAAAAAGACUGGAGUGGUCAUUACACAGAGUCCUGGAAAAUACGUGAUUCCACCUCCCAAAUUAAACAUUGAUAUGCCAGAUUAAGAUGACAGUAGCAUAUUAAACUUGAACUGGGAAUCAACAGACAAAUGUAUUUCAUCUCAUGCCUUGUCCCAAUUACUUUAAAAUAGGUAUGGCUGAAUCAGUGGCUUGGAUUACACAAAUUGGAGAUCUUGAAGAUAAUCUGAGAGCUUUUCCCAUAGAUAUGUGGUGGUCUUUCCUAACAGGUUGGCUACACAUUUGCCUGUAUAGUAUUUAUAUGAACAUUUUAGCAGUGUAAUAUAUUGUUUAAAAGUCUUGUCCUGUACAGUAUAAGUAUUAUCUAAAAGUAUUUUUUUAAAAAUCCUGUAUGAAAUGCCUGUGCUAUUCCAGGUGUCUUUUAGGUCCUAAAUAUACACUUGAUUUCCAUGUCUGUUUUAAAUCCUUUUUUGGGGAUGCCUUAGUAUACUAUCUCUUACUACUUUUUCCUGUUCAGCCACAAUCAUUGUCUUAACCACAGAGGCACAGGAGUGUUGCAUUUCUCAGGCAAGACUGGAAAGCUUUUGGUGGGGGGAAAUAGAAUGUACAGCGACUUACAUGAUGUUUUUGAGUUAGCUAUGUAAAUUUUCAUGUAAGUAUUUGAACAUUUGCACUGGCUUGGAAAUUAAGUGUUGCUUUUGUAGCUUUUCCAGUUUCAUGUUUUAAUUCUUGAGCAGCAUGUACACCAUUCUCCCAUUAGACUGGCUAUUUAAUAAGCUGUUCCCUCUUGCAUUGCGUGUGCAGUCUAUGCCAGAAACACUAGUUGUAGGUUUUACAGCUGUUGGUUAGCUGGUAUAAACAUCAUAGCUUGGUCUUCAUUACCAACUUUGUAAGACUGUUGGUGUAAAUGAUUAAACUUUACAAGAUAGGAACUCA